UCAUCACAGCCACUCCUUCCGCCGGCUAGGAGAGUCAGGUUCAAGAAGGGUUCAUGGACUCUGAGUAAGGCAAGCAGGGUCUGCCUGGGAGGCAAACGCCGGCGUCUGGUUGCACUGCCUUUGAGAUGCGCGGCUCCUUCAUGUCAUGGGCACAGCAAAGGCAUUGGCUCUGAUCCUUCAACCCUGUCACAGGGUUCCUGAGGCUUAGAGACGGAGGUCACCUCCUGAGUCAUACACAGCUGAGACAUCAGUGACAGGAGAGGACCCCAACUCCGUGGACACCAGAGCUCCGGAAAAAGCCAUUUCGCGAGCCUCCAGGCCGCUGCUCCAGCCCGCACCCUAGGCCAGCCCGCUGACUGCUGUCGCCGACAUGGAACCCGUGGCCAGCAACAUCCAGGUCCUGCUGCAGGCGGCCGAGUUCCUGGAGCGCCGUGAGAGAGAGGCCGAGCAUGGUUAUGCGUCCCUGUGCCCGCAUCGCAGUCCGGGCCCCAUCCACAGGAGGAAGAAGCGACCCCCCCAGGCUCCUGGCGCGCAGGACAGCGGGCGGAGGGCCCAGUUGAAGCGGUGCCUAGAGCGGCUGAAGCAGCAGAUGCCCCUGGGGGCCGACUGCGCCCGAUACACCACACUCAGCCUGCUGCGCCGCGCCAGGAUGCACAUCCAGAAGCUGGAGGAUCAGGAGCAGCGGGCCCGGCGGCUCAAGGAGCGGCUGCGCAGCAAGCAGCAGAGCCUGCAGCGGCAGCUGGAGCAGCUCCGGGGGCUGGCAGCGGCGGCUGAGCGGGAGCGGCUGCGGACGGACAGCCUGGACUCCUCAGGCCUCUCCUCUGAGCGCUCUGACUCAGACCAAGGUGAGUGCCCCGAGGCUGAGGGGUUGUGUGGCCCUUGGGGCAAGCCAGGUCUUCUGAUUGGACCCCUCCCUGCGCAGAGGAGCUGGAGGUGGAUGUGGAGAGCCUGGUGUUUGGGGGUGAGGCCGAGCUGCUGCGGGGCUUCGUCGCCGGCCAGGAGCACAGCUACUCGCACGGUGGCGGCGCCUGGCUAUGAUGUUCCUCACCCAGGGGUGGCCUCUCUGCCCUCUGCUCGCGCCAGGCCCACCUGCCAGGCAGGAGCUCUUCCCAAGCCUUUAGGGCUGCUCGGAGUCACCUGUUGGAAUGGACUAAAAGGACCCUUGUGUGGGAACAGGUGCUCCCCAAACACCCUGCUGCUGGCUGCCAGGCAGGCCCUCUGGAAGGGGAAGGGGCAGGACUCAUCAGGGCCUCCCUGGACCCCUGCAGGGCAGGCAGCUUGGGCCUGAGCCCAAGCACUUGGCUCUGCUGCCCCCAAGGGGACAGGAAGCUUCUUGGGCCUCUUCCCUUCCUGGACAAGGCCCCCUGGCCUUUGCCUCACAUAAACUGUACAGUAUUUUCAUUAAAAGCCUCUUUCACCA